CGAGCGCCCGCCUAGUCGCCGCAGCCUGCGCGCCGGGACGAGUGCGCCUAGGGGCUGGGCGAGGCGACUGCUCCCUGGACUUGCCACAAGGAGGAGGACCAGACCCUGGGCCCUGGCGUUCGUCAGCGCCCAGACGCACCCAUCCGCCGGCCGUGGCCACCGCCUCGCGCCGCACUCAGUCCUCAGCCACCCGUCCUUCGUCGCCCGGUGCAUGAGGUCCUUGCCACCCCACUCCCACCGCCGACUCUCCCUUUCCUCCUCCUUUCUCCCUGCCUCCCACCCCCUCGCCCAUCCCUAUGCCUCCUCCGCAGCCCGGCUCUUGGGUCGCCGUGCUCACAGCGAUUGAUUGAUUGAUGUUUAAUUUCCUGCCAGGCGGGGCCCCCCUCCCCCCGCAACCUCCCCAGCCCUCCUCCCCGCCCCCCACUCCCCUCCUUCCUUGCGGUGGACCAGUCUGGCUUGGGUUUAGAUCCGUCCCCCCCAUUCCCAUCCCGAAAUAACCCAGAGACUUCCCCUACCCCCACCCCAAAUUAUUAUUUUGAAGGCGCUAGAUCUGGGGACCGAAAGGGGGGAGGGGGAGAAAUCGGAAACCGAGGACAACCCAAAAGGACUCACUUUGCCUGAUGACUCAACGCAACUAAUAAUCAUCUCCCUCUCAGUGUGUCUCUCUCUGCGGCUUGUCAGUGAGUCCGGCUCUGGCUUCUGGCAGAGGCGGCCGCGAGGGGAGAGGUUGGAGGUGACAGCUUGGGCGGCCGCCGCGUUUUCUCUUGCGCACUGUCCGGGGUCUCCGCGCCUUCUCUGCUCUCGGUGGCGCGGUCCCCGCGGUUCCGGCCGCGCCUCCUCUCGAGCUAGUGGCGGCACGAGCCGGCAGCCGCUGCAGCCUCCCAGUCCUCAGCCCUUUCUCUCCAGAACCGGUCUCCUUCCCGAAGGUGUGAAAGGCUCUUUCAGCCCCCUCUCUCCCCCUCCUCCGCCGUCCCCUCCCCCGCUCGCUCGGGUGCCCCUUAGGAGGAGUCCUCCUUUCCCUCUCCUCCUCCUCCCUCAUCCCCCCCAUCAUCAUAACAACCAUCUCCGAACAGAAGACACCCUGACCCAGGUCCUUAAACGCUAGGACCCGGGGAAGAGGAAAAGGAAAGGGGAAAGAGGAAAGAGAAAGGAAGACUAGGACAACACUGCAAAUCACCAGAAACUUUCCACCCUGGAUUCUCUACUUUUGCUCCAUGGACAGAGCCCCAGCCAGCCAAGUUUCAGACAGACCGUGAGCAGUCCCUGUGCGUUUUAUUGCGACCUGCCGGUGGGAACUUUGUCUCCAAAUCGGAGCAGCAUGGAGCGGCGGAGCGAGAGCCCGUGUCUGCGGGACAGCCCCGACCGAAGGAGCGGCAGUCCCGACGUCAAGGGGCCUCCCCCGGUGAAGGUGGCCCGGCUGGAGCAGAACGGCAGCCCCAUGGGAGCCCGCGGGAGGCCCAACGGCGCCGUGGCCAAGGCCGUGGGAGGUAACAGCCCGGAGCUGGGAGGUUUGAUGAUUCCUGUCUUCUGUGUGGUGGAGCAGUUGGAUGGCUCUCUUGAAUAUGACAACAGAGAAGAACAUGCUGAGUUCGUCUUGGUGCGAAAAGAUGUGCUUUUUAGCCAGCUGGUGGAGACUGCGCUCCUGGCCCUGGGCUAUUCCCACAGCUCUGCAGCUCAGGCCCAAGGAAUAAUCAAGCUGGGGAGGUGGAACCCUCUCCCCCUUAGCUAUGUGACAGACGCCCCUGACGCGACAGUGGCCGACAUGCUGCAAGAUGUCUAUCACGUUGUGACGUUGAAGAUCCAAUUACAAAGUUGUUCGAAGUUGGAAGACUUGCCUGCGGAGCAGUGGAACCAUGCCACGGUCCGCAAUGCCUUAAAGGAACUGCUCAAAGAGAUGAACCAGAGCACAUUAGCCAAAGAAUGCCCUCUCUCCCAGAGUAUGAUUUCAUCCAUUGUAAAUAGCACAUACUAUGCCAAUGUGUCAGCAACCAAGUGCCAGGAGUUUGGGAGAUGGUAUAAAAAGUAUAAGAAGAUUAAAGUGGAAAGAGUGGAGCGAGAAAACCUUUCAGACUAUUGUGUUCUGGGCCAGCGUCCAAUGCAUUUACCAAAUAUGAACCAGCUGGCAUCCCUGGGGAAAACCAACGAACAGUCUCCUCAUAGCCAAAUCCACCACAGUACUCCAAUCCGAAACCAAGUGCCCGCAUUACAGCCCAUCAUGAGCCCUGGUCUUCUCUCACCCCAGCUCAGUCCACAGCUUGUCAGACAGCAAAUAGCCAUGGCCCAUCUGAUAAACCAACAGAUAGCCGUUAGCCGGCUCCUGGCUCACCAGCAUCCUCAAGCCAUCAACCAGCAGUUCUUGAACCAUCCUCCCAUCCCCAGAGCAGUGAAGCCAGAGCCAACCAACUCUUCUGUGGAAGUCUCUCCUGAUAUCUACCAGCAAGUUAGAGAUGAGCUGAAGAGGGCCAGUGUAUCCCAAGCUGUGUUUGCAAGAGUGGCAUUCAACCGUACACAGGGAUUGUUGUCAGAGAUCCUGCGCAAGGAAGAAGACCCCAGGACUGCUUCCCAGUCUCUGCUAGUAAACCUGAGGGCCAUGCAGAACUUCCUCAAUCUGCCUGAAGUGGAGCGUGACCGCAUUUACCAGGAUGAGCGAGAGAGGAGCAUGAACCCCAAUGUGAGCAUGGUCUCCUCCGCCUCUAGCAGUCCCAGUUCCUCCCGAACCCCUCAGGCCAAAACCUCGACACCGACAACAGACCUCCCUAUUAAAGCGGACGGCGCCAACGUCAGCAUCACAGCUGCCAUUUAUGAUGAGAUCCAACAGGAGAUGAAAAGGGCCAAGGUGUCUCAAGCCCUGUUUGCCAAAGUGGCUGCAAACAAAAGUCAGGGCUGGCUUUGUGAACUGCUUCGCUGGAAGGAGAACCCAAGCCCAGAAAACCGCACCCUCUGGGAGAAUCUCUGCACCAUUCGCCGCUUCCUGAAUCUUCCCCAGCAUGAGAGGGAUGUGAUCUAUGAGGAAGAAUCGCGACAUCACCACAGUGAGCGCAUGCAGCAUGUGGCCCAGCUCCCGCCUGAGCCUGUGCAGGUCCUUCAUCGACAGCAGUCCCAGCCAACCAAGGAAAGCUCCCCUCCCAGGGAAGAAGCGCCCCCACCACCCCCUCCAGCUGAAGACAGCUGUGCCAAAAAACCUCGGUCUCGCACAAAGAUCUCCUUAGAAGCCCUGGGCAUCCUUCAAAGCUUCAUCCAUGAUGUAGGUCUCUACCCUGACCAGGAAGCCAUCCACACACUCUCGGCCCAGCUGGAUCUCCCCAAACACACCAUCAUCAAGUUCUUCCAGAACCAGAGGUACCACGUGAAGCAUCAUGGGAAGCUGAAGGAGCAUCUGGGCUCCGCGGUGGACGUGGCAGAAUAUAAGGACGAGGAGCUGCUGACCGAGUCCGAGGAGAACGACAGCGAGGAAGGCUCGGAGGAGAUGUACAAGGUGGAGGCGGAGGAGGACAACGCGGCAGAGAAGAGCAAGGCAGCUCCGGCUGAAGCCGACCAGAGAUAAUGUGAACUCCAGCAGGCAAAGCAAUAUAUGGGUCCAAGGACUUUCUGUUUUCAUUUCUUAAAAAAAAAUCCUCUUGGCUGUGUUUAUUUUGUUUUGUUUUUAAUGUGUGUUUUUAUUUUUCUUACCCUUAAUGGCAUUCCUCUGUCGCACAGGAUAGCCUAUAGACUGAGUAAGCUCAGUGUUUCCGAGUCAGGUGUCGCCUUGGCGGGGACACUGGGUGUCAAACUUUUACAAUUGACUGGACCAUAAUAAUGCUAGUCACAGGAGACUCUGCCUUCAUUUUCCUUGUACUUACGGAAGAUACACCAGGCACGUUCCAGGAUGGAAAGACCCACGAAAUAAAUGAGGGAAGCUACGAGUGUGUGUAUAUGUAUAUGUACAUAUCUCUAUAUUUACAUAUAUAUAUUAAAAAUUGCAUGGGACAGAGAACUUUACAAUCUGAAAGAAUAGACUGUGAAAUGAGUUCUUAAAGAAAAGACUUGUUUAUGUAUAAAAAAAAAUACCACUUCACAGUGAGUCGCUUUGGCUUUUUGAGAAACUGCGGCCUGCUCUCAGGGUGGGGUGACUAUUUUUGAAUUCCUAUUUAUUUUGUGUGUUUGUCCCUGAUUUUUUUUUAAAUUCUAUGGCUUCCUACUGGCAGCUUAAUGGGUAAUUUUUGAGGUAUGUAUUUAACAAAUUAACACUGCCAAAAUAAAAAGUAAGAGAAAGAAGGCAAGAAGAGAGUGAGAGAAAAUCAGGGCAUGUUAGAAACAAUACAAGACAAGUUACUCUUAAAGAUAUAGUGCACACUUUAAAGAAACGACUCAACGACGUGACCCUCCAUAUUCCGUUAUUGAGCGUGUCAGCACUGUAGCCAAACAGGUGCGUUCUGUCGAAUUCCCAGCCAAGUCCAGUGCAGAGGAAACUUGACCGUUAGCACAGUCUCGACAAAUGACAUUUUGACAUGGGACUUACGGAAUUCAUGCUGUGAGCCACAUUUUAUUGUGAAGUUUAUUUACCCGCUUGUGGCUUCAAAUCUUAAAAUUAUUAAGCCUGCUCAUUUAAAAUUUUUAAAUUGUUGGUUGUUGCUGACUUUUUUUUUUCCCUUUCGUUUGUUUCUGGUUUUUGUUUUUGUUUUGUUUUGUUUUUAAAUAGAACAUAGUUCAAUGUAAUGUUAAGUUAGAUAAAGAAGUUUCUGCCCAGUUAGAGGAGCUUCCGCUCCAAUAAAUCUCCACCGGCCCUCUCCCUGAGUGUUUUUUACUCCUCUUCCAUUUUGAAUUUCAUUUUCUUCGUACACAUCCCAUCAACUUUAGCCAAACCUCUGCAGACCCUGAAUUCACAACGCCGCCUCCACACCUUCCCCUGCCAUGGCAGCCCUCACAGGAACCUGGUUUUAAAUCAAUGUGCACCUCCAGGCAAUAGAGUAAGUGAAGCAAUUUCAGCAGAGUCACCUACUCCUGGGAAAAGGAAAUACUGUCCCAGUGCCCCACAUAGCCCUUACCUGACGUCAUGCAGAACUAAUGCCAACGGGCUGUUGUGUGGAAUGAGCGAUAAAGCUACAAUCCACUACAGUUUGCCAAAUCUCCUUCAGUUUCCUAUUAGAAACAGUAGUGUUACCUUCCAGUUCCACUGACAGCAAUCGCAGAGGAGACCUCCCCCUUCAGGACUGGCCUCCUGAACUUACUGCAGGCUUGAGGUGGCCACUCAGCAGUCCCACACGGUUGGAUUUUGUUUUUUUUUCGUUUGUUUGUUUGUUUUUGAGUUGUAUCCUCAUGCAACCUUGUCAAAGACCUCAUGCAAUAUCACUUUGAAAUUUAUUUUCUGUUUACUACACAAACAUUGUAAUAUAACUGUUAAUACUAUUUAUAUAUUUGAAAGGUAUAAGAGGUAGGAGUUUUAAAAAAAAAAACCUCUAUGUGUAGAUAUUAACUCAGAACUUAACACUCUACAGGGAGAAGACACGUUGCAAUACAAGCUAACUCUGGCCGCUUAGUAACCUCUGGAGUUCUCAAAGGGACAUUUUCCUGUACUUUUUCAAAUAAUGAUGUUGAAAAUGGUUACCUUGACAUGAGUGUCAUGUAUCUUUGCAAAAGGAUGGCUGUUUGCAGUUGAGGCCUGGGCCCACCCUUCCUGUUUCUGUAGAUGCUGCAGCUUAAUCAGAGAGUCCACAGUUGCUGCUUCCUGAUCUCCGAGUUACUCUUUCCAAAUUGUCUUCUGACACUGUUGCUGACGUCACCCUGUAUAUGUCCUAGGCGCCAAUUUUUUUGCCAAGCUCUUACAGGUGGUUCAUCGAUUGAUGACAUCCGCAUUUGGUAUCUUUUACACUUCAACCAAAAAUUUAUUAGGUAUUUUUCAAUGCUAAGUCUUGCCUUUUAUUUUUUAAUUUCACUGCCAAGUUUGCAGUGAUUCUAAGUGAAUCUGUGGGCAUUUUAGCCUGUGGUCUUGCCAGAUCUUUGCGAAUUACAAUGCAUAUAUGUCUAUUUAUUCAAUAUCUGUCAUAUAAUAUCUAUUUGGAAGAAGAAACUUUCUCUUGUAGUGCCUCUUGACAAAGCACAAUUUCCCGCCUUUUUUUUUUUGUGAAAUGAAGAAAAAAAAAACAAAUUGUGUUUUAUUGCAGUAUCAAUAAUGUGAAUAAGGAUUAACAUAUUGUAAAUGUUCUUUUUUUCCAUGUAAAUCAACUAUCUUUGUUAUCACUAAGUGAUAAUUAAUUUUUAACUUAUGUGCAUCGUUAGGCUGUUAGAAUUUUUUGGUUGUUAAAAUAAAACGCAUUCAAUAAAUCCGA